UUGAAAACAAAUCAACACAUGCUUACCUCGUAAACUUAAAAAUCCCUUUCAAAAACAAUGUCAACGAUUGCCAUUCCCGAAGAUUUCGACUUUUGUGUCAAAUUUGAAGUUCCUCCGGAUUACGCGCCUCCCGAAACAUACGAAGAUCAGGAAAAUUGCAUCGAAUAUCCGAACAUCAACACUUCUCAGUAUCGUCAGAAGCCGGCAGAACAUUUUUUGGACCUCUUACCUUUCUAUCAAUGCUUGUCACGAAACUCCGAGGGCACAACAAUUGUCGCUUCGAACUCUUACAACACCCGACGAUGGAACGGAUCGAUUUUUGGCUUCGAUAAUGUCGACGAGGAACGACCUGUGCUUGAAACACGCGAAGUUGCGUUCAAAGUUUCGGCAGAUUCGACAAUUUCUGAUAUGAAAUUUAUCGAUGAUACGACGUUCGCGCUAACCGAAAGUAAUGGUCAAGUCACUUUAUUCAGCACGAGAUCCGUGAUGCGAGAAACUCCGGAGAACAAAUAUUGCCUUUUUCGUGUGGGACAAAAGACCGAACAUCGAGGAUACGCGAAUUGUCUCGAGAUUUUCCACAAAAAUCCGCAAAAAAUGAUCACGGGAGACAGUUACGGUUGGUUAAUUACUUGGGAUUUGGGAAAUGCUGACUUGACAUCGACGCAAAAAAUUAGAUUCGCUCAUUCCGAUGCCAUUAACGACAUUUCAGCGGAUCCAAAAUCCGAAGAUUGCUUCGUCACAGCGUCAAACGACAAAAAUUUGUAUCAUUUUGACAUGCGAGAUCCGAGACCGUGCACAGCCCUUAUGGAAGCGCAUGGAUAUCAACUAAAAUCCUGCAAGCAUUUGAACGAUCAUCAGUUGUUAGUUGGCGAUCAGAAGGGAUUCGCUUAUGUUGUUGACACAAAAAUGCCGAAAGAAGUUCUCACGCAGAAGGAAAUCAACGACAGAGCAGUUCAUAAAUUUUUCGUCAAGGGAGAAAAUGUCGUUGCUUUGACAGAUUCUAAUCGACUUUCGGUGCAACAAUUUAAUGGAAAGGAAAUUUUGACGGUUUUGGAUGCAACUGAAGCUCCAAAUUUCCUUCGAUCAGCAACUUGGAUUAAUGAAAAUGAGUUUUAUGUCGCUGGAUGGAGUAAUUACAUGCAAAAAUACAAGAUUUAAAAUUAUUUUUUAAUAAAUGAAUGAAGAAUGUUAGAAAAAAAAUAUUUUUUUAAGAAAAAUUAAUUUGUACGAUUUUUGUAUGGAAACA